CGACGGUCUAGAGACGGUCAUUAAAAAUCGUCUCUACGACUCCUACUUUUCUAGUGUAAUGCUUUUGAUUACCUAAUAAUCCCUUAAUCUCUUCUACUAGUAAACAUAUAUUUAUUUAUUUUUGUUAAUUAGGCUGGUUAAUUUAUUUGUAGCUGCAUGAUACUUGUUAUUUUUAAUGCUAGGAUUGAACCGGUGCGGCCGGAGCUGCCGUUCGCGGUGGCUCAAUUACCUCCGGCCCGGCCUCAAGAUUGGCGGCUUCACUGAAGAAGAAGAUAGGAUCAUUUCCAGUCUGUACAACCAGAAAGGAAGAUGUUGGUCUGUAAUUGCCGCGCAACUUCCUGGAAGAACUGAUUUGUCCAUCAAGAACUACUGGAACUGCAAGCUUAGCAAGAAGGUCGUGUCGUCGAAGAACAAAAUGCUCACCCUCCGUCCGAAGCCCGAUCGACUCCCUUCUGCUCCGAUCACUCCGUCGUCGACAGAGACGCAAAAGCCCGAUCACCUCAGCUUCUCACGAAAGCCGUCGACUUCCGACGGCCUAGGGUCCAAACUCGAUACCGAUGAAUCCGCUCAGAAGACGAAGUUGCUAACAUCAUCAAGUAGUGGUGAGUUGAUCUCCGAGUCCUCGUCGAGCUCGGCGAAUGUCGCUUCCGAGAAUCUGGUUGCUGAUGCUGGCGCGAGCGCGCUGGUGAAUACUGAGUGUCGACCACCGGAGUUUAACGAGCUAGUCGAUUGGUGUGUUAUGUCGCCGCCUCGUGAUCUUGUAAUCGAUUAUUCGUACUCUUCGUCGAUUAUCGACGGUUUGGAGGACAUCAACAGCAGCGAUAUGUUGUUAUCCGACGAACCAUGGUGGUGACCGGUGACGGAAAAAGUGCAUGUAAAAGAAUUUCGAAUUAAAUCUCCUCUUUCUUUCUUUCUUUUUUUUUUCUUUUUUUUUCUUUUUUUUUUUGGUUAAUAGUGUAACGAGGUUAUCCUAUAUUAU